GAGAGCGCGCGUCGCGAUCUACAGAGCAGCUCGCGCACACACACAACACGCACACAUACAUACACACGCGUAACGUUGCAGUAACUAGUCUCAGCAGAGCUACGUACAUAAAGAGUACAUACGGAGUGCGAACGCAUCUCCUACUCUGCCGUGUGCGAGUGAAUCAUCGCCUGCGAUGGCGAUGGGAACAGUCGGACGCGGGUUCGUCCUUCUCCUGCUAGCAAUCGUUCUCCUGCUGGACACCGCCGCCGGCCUAGAGUUCCAGGGAAGACCGAACGGCUACGCGCGCUAUCCGAAGUGGACCGCCUGUCACAAUGCGUCGAUCAGCUUCGAGUUCAAAUCCCGGCAGAGCAAGGCUCUACUCAUGUACACGGACGACGGAGGCACGUACGAUUUCUUCGAGGUGACGCUGCACCGCGGUAAGGUAAAGCUGCAAUUCCACAUCGGAUCCGAGGAACGGAAACGCGUCGCUCGCAUCGAGGGCGAGCGGACGGUCAACGACGGCGGCUGGCACAAGGUCGAGGUGCGACGAAACCGACACGACACCUUGCUCAUCGUCGAUGGACACGUCGUCGCGCGACAGUUCCUAGCGACCAACUUUACGUUCGGCAACUACGACACGAACAGCGAUGUGUACUUCGGCGGCGUGUCCGGCGUCAGUCCGCACGCGUUCGCUCUGCCGUCGGUCAUCUACGAGCCGCCGCGACUCAACGGACACAUACGCAACGUGUUCUUCUCUAAUUGUUCGUGUGGCGCUAUCUACCGGCCGGCGUUGGUCGACUCGGACGGCGUCGCUACGUAUCCGUUGGAGACGUGCGAGAGAUUCACGGCGAGGGAGCCUUGCUCGGAAGGAUGCAUAUGCAUCUCACAAGACAGGGAGCCGGCCUGCGACUGCGAGCUCAUGAAACAAUGUCAGCCAGGUCCCAUCACGCAUUACUUCCUACCGAUGGACGACCGGGAUGGCAGACAUCUUGUAAAUCCAUCCGGUCUAGAAGCCGAGGUGUUCGGAGCCCCGGGCGUCAUAGACGGCGUCGUUGGCAACGCCCUGACGCUCAACGGCAAGCAUCAGUGGGUGCAGAUAGGCGGCAGAGAGGAAGAUCUCAAUCCUUGUUUCGUCGACCUUGAGAAAUGCAUGGAUGCAGGAGACGGAAUUACCUUUGGAGAGAGUCUGCACAGAGGAAACACGUUCAUGAUGUGGCUGAAGUUAGACCACGGUGAUGACGAUUAUAAAAUUAUCCUUUCCAACGGUGGUCAUUCUCCGCAAUCCCACGGGGUGGCGCUGCUGCACGCCGACCAACGCUUUGAAGUUCGCUACAGAGAGAAGAAUGGACUGGAGUGGAGAGCCAAGAGUGGCCCUGUGUCCCCAGCAUGGUGGUAUCAUCUCACCUGGACCUGGAAUCGGAACGAAGGCCUUUCCCUCUUCAUCAAUGGUGACCUAGUUGACAGAGAUGCAAGACCCGUCCGAAGAUCUGCUGGGUCGAUCCAGCUGGAGCAGAAGCGAACGUUCAUCAUUGGGCGAGCGAGCGAUGACACGGACAAGCGACACUUUGGAACGUUUGCCAUCGACAACUUCAACUUCUGGGCUGUGCAGCAGCCGGCGGACAGAAUUCGCGAAAUUGGCCCGAUGUACGAGUUCUAUCUACCAAUGAACUCCAUAAAAGCAGGAAAGUUGGAGGCUAAGGGUAUCACAGCCACGCCGCACGGCGGUGCAGGACUCGCUCUCGGAAAGAUCAACAACGGAUUAUCGUUGACGGGUAACGGACAAUACGUGGACCUGGGUGACACGUCACAGACCUGUCUCAGUAACAUUGACGUGUGCCAUCAUGGACUCACCAUCUCUACCUGGAUCUACUUUGCUCAAAUUCCAACAGAAACUAUGCACUACAUGUCCUCAGGAGAGAAUGGAUUCUCGCUCUUCUGCGAGAACCGGAUGCUCUAUGCCAAGUUCUCCACUGCCCGGCAGACGUGGACUGUGGAAUGGCGCUACCCCAAGGAGAGACAGUGGCUCUACCUGGAAAUGUCCUGGGACAUUGUCGAUGGGCUGCAGAUGUUCGUGAACAACGAGAUGGUGAGUGAGGAUCAGCGUGGGGAGCCCCACGACUCGAUGGCGGAUGCCUCGAGUCACCUCUACAUCGGGCGAGACAACCACGAGAUGCGGCCCGGCGCCUAUGCCGAGGCGGUGUUCGAUGAGACGGAGAUGUGGUACGGACGCAGGGAAGCUCUCAUCCGCCUAGGUUUCAUCCUCAGAGGUACGCUGCCCGUGAAUAGAUUCCCGAUGGACAGUGCAGAUGGCAACAAGUUACAUCACCCGGAUGAGAUGCAAUACAAGGCACUGCUCUACGAAAAUCCCAAGUUUGUACGUGGAAAAAUCAGCAAGGCUCUUAAGCUGAAUGGAGAAAACCAGUACGUGGAUUUCGGGCCUCAGACGGACAGUUGCUUCGGCAACCUUGACCUGUGUCAUCACGGGUCUACGCUGACAUUCUGGGUGAACUUCAGCACGUUCCGGCCUCUGCAGUACAUCAUCUCGACGCCUUCCUACAACGUGUUCGUGAACAACCGGGGUCAGCUGACAGCCAUCUACAGUACGGGCACGAAGACGUGGACGGUGACAACGUCAGAGCGAUUCACUCCCAACAGAUGGUACCUGGUGGAACUGUCGUGGCAUGCCGACCGUGGCCUGGAAAUGUUCGUCGACACGGAGCGCACGGACGGCAACACGACGCCCACCGAGCAGAUAACGACGAUCAGUGACAAGUCCGUCUACCUGGGUCGCAUCAACCGACAGCUGGGCAGCACCAAGUACGGAGCGUUCAGCAUCGAUGAGAUGGAGUACUGGCACGCGACGCGUGACACCCUGCUGGCGUUUGGCAAGAUCGUGCGAGGUAAUGUGUCGCAUGAGGUGCUAGCCAUGGAGGGAGUCAGUGCUGGAGAGGUGGUGGGGAGCUCUAUCCCCGCCAAGGUGCACGGAAACCCGACGAUCACUCCAGGAGUCAUCGGCAACGCGCUGGAGUUUGGUCGCGGCAGCGCGUACGGAUCCUACGUCGACCUGGGAGAGCAGAGCAACAGCUGGCUGGGAAACCCUGAUCUCUGUCAGCAGGGAUUCACGCUCUCGCUGUGGGUGAUGUUCCCCCGCCUCGGUCGCCAGGUUGAGAUUCUGUCCGGCCCGUACUGGGAGCUGAUCCUCGACGGGACCAGGGUGGUUGCCAAUCUGAACACCAAGACGAAGUCAUGGAGCAUCGGCAGCGGGCGGCUGGACGCGCACACGUGGUACCGCGUCGACGUCACGUGGCACCCGGACAGCGGCCUCGAGUUGUACGUCAACGACCGCAAGGUUGACUCAGAGGUCGGCUACACGGAGCAGCCCAACACCGCGCAGCGACGCGGCCUGCUGACCGUCGGUAACUCUCGUUACGAGGAGCUAGUGGUGGACCAGGUACAGUUCUGGAAAGCCCACAGAGACUACCUGCUUGCCUUUGAUAUCGUCAAACGAGGCGACAUCGGCCACACGUCGGUCUCGAUGGACGCCGGCAGCCUGUCGGGCUACACGACGCACGGGCGACCGGACGCCGUCGCGGGCGUCAUCGCCGGCGCGGUGCACUUCGACGGGCGGCGGCAGUAUGUUGACCUCGGCGUGCUGCCCACCUGCUUCGCCAGCGGCUCCUGCUCCGAGGGCUUCAUGUUCACGAUGUGGGCGAAGAUCGAGAACCUCGACGGGAACGCCUACCUGCUCUCGGGACCCUACUACUCGCUGUACUACGCCGCGGGCCGGCUGCACGCCGCCGUGAACGCCAACGGACGCAAGUGGGAGGUGUCGGCGGGCAACGUGCAGCAGAACACGUGGCAUCUCGUCGACGUCUCCUGGCAUCCCGUCACCGGCCUUGAGCUGUAUGUGGAUGAUGUGAAGGUCGCCGGGACUGCUGACUCGUCCGAGCAUUCGCGCACGAUCACAGAUCACCAUACCUUCAUCAGUCGGGGCAACUCUCAGGAGACGUUCCGUGCGUACGGCAAGGGCACCUUGGAUGAGGUACAACUGUGGAAUGCUGGCCGUGGUAUUCUCACAUCCACUGGUCUCAUCCUCAGAGGGUACGUACCGAGCCAGCACCUUCCCAUGGACGUGCUGAGGGGAAGCACGAUGCCUCACCCCAACCUCACCAUCAGUGUCACGGGAGAUGCACGCCUCGUCACGGGCAAGAAAAACUAUGCGCUGAAGUUGUCGGCGCGAGACAGUACCUUGAACCUAGGCAACCACUCCGAGUCCGUGGCAUCGGUACUUGUUGGAAGAUUUCCUGGCACGGCAAACGAGGCUGUCCGAUUGUAUCUAGACGGCGAGAGGUGGACAGGUCAAGUCGACAGUGACUGA